AUGCACGAUCCGACUUCUACGACAAGACGUAUUUCCAGCUCUGCGUUAGCCAUAGCCAACUCUCACAACGUUUCCCAACCCUUGGACCCGGUUGGCCCGCUCAAAGUCACUCUCGACUAUGGCCUCGCGACAACGUGGCCGAACCCGCAGGACGUCCAUGAUAACACUGCCCACCGCAACUGGCAAUAUAGCAGCCACAUCGUGUUCGCGAAUCGAGUCGGGGAUUCUGAUCAGAGUAACCCUCCCAUCUCAGAUGGGCAGCUUUGGCAAAUCGGGCGAGAUGCUGUCGAUGAAUUGAUCCGCGAUCGAAUCCGCUAUGGCACAACCUCUUAUUCACAGCCGAAAGCCAUGACAGUCCUAGCCUGGGGGAACGAAAUCAUCCUUGCCUCCUCUAUGAAAGGGGCGGGCUCUUUCUCCUAUGACUUUCUUGGCGGUGACACACCGGUUGGCAGAAGUCUGCAGCAAUGCCAGAUGGUCUGGAGAGAUACCAGCUUACCUGACAAAGAUAAGACACAAAUGCACAACAAGAACGGCAAUUGUACAGAGCUCAUGGCGGUCAACCUGUACUAUAAAAACAACGCGAUCAACUUGCGAGAUCAAAAAGCGAGGAUUGGUACAUGGGUCAACGGGACACACGGAUGGAAAAAGAAAGAUCCAUGUGGAUCUGACAGCCAGGACUUUUGGGGCUGCAAUCUUUUUACCGCAAAUCAGGGGCUGAAGGUCUUAGAGAAGGAAACGCCGGAGGAGCCCUACACCUUGGCAACCCUUGCAGGGGGCCCGACUAUUCAGGACCAGAUUCAGUUAUGCGGGGGUCAACCCAGGGUAUUUAGUGGCUAA